UUUUUUUUUUCUUUUUUUUUAUUAAUAUUUAUUUUCUUUUCUUUUAUUUAUUUUUGAUCUUAUACAAAUAAAAAUGUCAGGUCAUGUCGUUUAUGCUUGUCACUGUCUCAAUAUAACAAUUCAUCUUGCAACCAAAUAUACUCUAGAUUCACUCGACAAAAUAAAAAAUGAUACCAUUGUUAAAGAGCCAUUUCCUGGCUGGGAAUUUGAUCUAGGCAUGGGAGGGAUUGUCAUAGAAUUCAAUACACUCAUUCAAUCAUCAACUUCUCAAUCUCAUUGGAAUACAGUAAAAUGUCUUAACUGUAAUAGUGGUAAUAUCUAUUCUGUAACUAAAGCAAAUAAUGUUAUAAUUCAUCCAGAUGCUAUAUGCGGUAAAGCAUAUGAGGACCUAAAGAAAAAAACAAAUUAUUCAAAGACAUUUUCUAUAAAUUUGGAUGAUAGCAUGAUGGAGGAUAUUAUUCCUAUGCCAAGCCCUAAAGAAGAUAUACCAUCAGCGCUAGUUUCUACACAUAAAAAAAUACAAUCCAUAUUGGAUCAAUCAAUAAAGCAGAUGCGUAUAGAAUCAAAAGUAAGAAUAGAACAGUUUAAGAAACAAGAAGAAAAAAGACUUGAAGCAUCUAUUGCGUAUGCCAUGGAUGAAAAUAAUAGACUAUGGACUAAAAUUGUUAAAGUAACAUCAAAAGUCGACAAGACCGAAGUUAAGCAUCAGACAACAAAAAGAAAGGAAGAAAAAGAGAAAAAUACAACGAAUGUCAAUCAUGUUUGUUUUGCUCCUGAAUUGAAUAAUCAUCAAUCAGAAGAGCAACAGCAUCCAAAAUCUCUAAGACGAACGAGUUUUAAUUUAGAUGAAGCCACGAUUGGUAAACUCUGUAAUGUAAAUCUUGAUAAGCAGAUGCCACUUCUAAAUAAGGACCUUGAUAAUAUUCAAGAAGAAAAUGAUGACAAUAAUGAGGAAGAAGAGGAUAUAUUCAAUUUAGAUGAAGAAUUCUCGGAAGAAGAAGAAAAUGAAGCUACAGAUAAUGAAGAAGAAGAAGAAGAAUUAAAUAAGGAAGAAGUAGGAGAGAAUCAUCUUCCAUUAUCCACUUCUUUAAAGAAAUCAAUUUCACAGAUUGAUAAAAAAUUUUCAUGGAUUAAGAAGAAGAGAAAUACAAAUAAAUACCUUCCUCAAGACUUUGAUAUCAAGAAUAAUUCAAAAAAAGAAACUUCAAAUGAUAAUGAACCUGUAACAAUUUAUGCUACUUCUGUACCCGUUGCAAUUCAUUAUCCUUUAAAUAAUGAUAAAGAAGAGGGGAAUGACACGACCAAUACUAGUAUGAACGAAACAAAAAGAGGAAAUGAUAUACUGGCCUUUAGUUUUGCAAAUUAUAAUAAUGCCUCUUUUUCAGACAAAUUACUAUCUGAUCAAUUUACUGUUGCUCCUCGUAGGAGGAAAAGCUUAAUGGCAUCAUCCUCUAUGAUUCGACCGCAAUUAGAUACUGUAGUCGGUAAAUCUCUGGAUACAAGAGGACUUUUGAAAAAGAAAGCCACUGUGAUUGAAUCUAAUUAUACCAGUGAUGAUGAUUUUGACUCUAAAUUACCUCCUCAUAUUUGGGCCUUAAUUGAUAAAGAUGAAGAGUGAUAUCUUCUUUCUGUAUAAAAACCUUAUAAAUACCCCUUGAAUGUGAAUCAUUAUUUUUAAACAUCGACUAUCAGCGGACCUUUUUAUUAUUAUUAUUAUUACCCCCAGUUUUUUUCUUUUUUUUUUUAAGAAAAUAAAU